CAGGAGAGUAGAUAUAGAACUGGUGAAGUAUACAUACAUGGGCGUUUGGCUUAACACGUUGCAACAAGACAGUCGCGCUUAAGAUCAGCCACAAGCAUUUUAUCAUGGCUUCUAACCUGUUAAAGCAUAUCAAUUUCGCUUUGAUAGCCUUUGCUGCUCUCUUUGCAGUUCUGGCCACCGCAGGAAACCAUUGGCGAACGUUGAAAACUGAUCACAACAACCAUCUUGGUUUGUGGAAACAGUGUACCGCGAUAGGAUGCUCAACGCAUGACAUAGAGUCGGUUCGUCCUACACAAGUCUUGAUGGUGUUGUCAUGCAUCUGUUUUGUUUUCAUCUUUGCUUACAUGCUUCUUCUCCAUUUUGUGAAAACUCUAUCUCCAAAAUUCACAGCAAUCCUGUUGUUAAUAACUUUUGUCUUUGAAGUGGCUGCAAUGGGCUACUUCACCCAUAAGAUGCAAGACGAUCUUCACAGCUUUGAAUGGUCAUUCGCAUUAGGAUGGGUUUCGGCUGGUCUUGCGUUAAUAACUGGAAUUAUUUCUUUCUUCCAUGCAGAAGACUACGAUCAACUGUAAAUGUAAAGUUCUGAAUAAAAAUAUCUCUUUUUUUGUAAA